GCGCGUCAUUCUGUCAAUAACAUUCACAAGCAACAAGGCAUAGACGAUCGUAAGCGUAAAGCGGUAUUUUCAUAAUAACUCAAUAGCAAUAACUCAAUAGUAAUUUUGAAGACACGUUGUAUUCAAUUACACAGUGAUAAUGUCAGUGUAUCCAUUAUACUUUGAAUACGAGCGACCUAGACCAAGGCGACUCUUGGACCAACACUUCGGCUUGGGACUCACGCCAGACGAUUUUUUGACCAUAGUCGCUGUGCCGCAAAUAAACAAUAACUACUACAGGCCGUGGCGGAAUAUAGGAGCAUCAGGCGAAGGAUCCUCCAUUAAAGCAGACAAAGACAAGUUCCAAAUUAAUUUAGAUGUCCAACACUUCGCUCCAGAGGAAAUUUCAGUCAAAACCGCAGACGGCUUCUUGGUAGUGGAUGGUAAACAUGAAGAAAAGCAAGAUGAGCACGGGUUUAUAUCUAGGAGUUUCACGAGGAGGUAUCAGCUACCGGAAGGCAUCGACGAAGCCUCACUGACGUCCAAAUUGUCUUCUGAUGGUAUCUUAUCGAUCAGUGCGCCGUUACAAGUGCCACCGAAGUCCUCUAAUGAGAGAAUAGUGCCCAUUAUACAAACUGGACCUGUUAAGAAGCAAAUAGAAGGUGAAUCUGAUAAAUAAAACUAGAUUUUUGUGAUUUUGAGCAACAUUCCGUUACCUACGUACCUACAUAAUUUACAUAAUAAUUUGUAAGUGGUAUGUUACCUAGGUUCUUAAUAUUAUGUUCGAGUUGUUUAUUGCCGACUGCAUAUUUUGAAUUCAAGUGAUUUAAGAACGCUGUUGUAAACGCAGUGCGAUAACCAAGAGAAUGAUCUAUGUUUCUAUAAUUUUAUUAAAGUUCUAGUCUCUA